CCACAACUCACAUGCAAUGAAAACUAGACGCAUCUUGUUUUUUGCAACCACGUAAGCUUAUCCUUUGUUAAUUUACACUUGCAUAUCUUGUUAAGUUAGAGUAGUUGGGUUUGCUAUUUUUGCUUGGGUUAUUUAAGGAAUGGGUUCGCUUUUGUAAUUAUCACAAAUUCAGCACGUCCCACAUUAAAAAAAUGAGUUCAAUUUUACUCCUAGUAGGACUUGCCAUUUCCACAAUAGUCAUACUUAUUGUUCUUACCAAAACAAGAAACCCUUGAAUUUCCAAACUUCCUCUGGGAAAAACUGGUUGGCCCUUUAUAGGAGAAACUUUAGCGUAUGUUUUAUGCCCUCAAAAGUUCAUACUCGAUCGCAUGACCAAAUAUUCUCCCGAUGUUUUCAAAACAUGUUUAGCCGGUGAAAAAAUAGCCGUUUUUUGUGGUCCUUUAGCCAACAAAUUUAUCUUCUCAAAUGAAGGCACACUGGUUACAUACUGGCUGCCUCAAUCAGUUGCCACAUCUCUUUCCUACAAAAAGAUUGACUCCAAUACACAAUCAGGGAAACCAACACAUGAUGUCUCAUACAAGUUCCUUAAACCAGACUCCAUUCAGCAUUAUGUUGCUAUUGUACAUUCCAUGACACAACAUCAUUUAGACAAAUUUUGGGCACCUUUCCACCAAGUGAAGGCCUAUACUCUUGCAAAAGAGUUCACCUUCGCUUUGUCGUGUCGAGUACUCGUUAAUAGCUCAAAUCCUAGCCUAGAUCAAGUGAGGCAACUCGCUGAGCCGUUCUUUCUUUUGGUUCAAGGCAUCUUCUCUGUGCCAAUUUACCUUCCUGGAACACCUUACUACAAGGCUGUCAAAGGGGGGAAACUUGUUAAGGAGAGGCUUGUUGAUAUAAUUAAGCAAAGAAAAAGAGAAAUGGCUGAGAAAAAUGAAUAUAAUGAUUCUAACGAUCGAGAUUUACUGGGUUGUUUGCUUGUGGAUUCCCACAAAAAUGGCAUGUUUUUGAGCGAGGAGGAGAUUGCUAGCAAGAUCAUUGGUCUGAUGUUUGCGGGUUUUUAUCCUACAAGCACUACUAUUGCUUUCAUGCUCAAGAAUCUCGCUGAACACCCUGACAUCUAUGAUAAAGUUCUAAAAGAACAAUCAGAGAUCGCACAAUUAAAAGGACAAGGAGAAACCUUAACUUGGACAGAUGUGCAAAAAAUGAAGUACUCUUGGAAUGUAAUAUGUGAAACAAUGAGAUUAACAUCACCUGUUCCCGGAAAUUUUAGAGAGGUGUUAAGUGAUUUCACUUUUGUUGGUUUUGACAUCCCAAAAGGAUGGAAGGUUCACUGGUCAUUGUAUGCAACACAUAACAACCCGACUUACUUUCCUGAACCGGAAAAAUUCGAUCCUUCAAGAUUCGAAGGGAAUGGACCGGCACCUUACACAUUCGUACCAUUUGGGGCAGGACCUAGAAUGUGUGCAGGAAAAGAAUUUGCUCGCAUUGAAAUGCUUGUUUUUCUACACAACGUGGUUACUAGAUUCAGAUUGAAGAGGGUGAAUCCUAAGGAGAAGAUUAUCUGUAAUCCAGAUCCGAUACCAACAGAAGGACUUCCCAUUCACCUUCAACCUCAUGUGAUAUAAGUAUCAAAAUCCAAUGUCAAGUCUAGUCAAUAUUCUCAAUAAAUGGAAUUCAAUAUGACUUCUUCACAAAUCUUGUAGUGUGAUUGAACUAUAAGCAUCUCGUUAUAUGACUUGUGUUAUACCAAACUAAUUAUGUAAGUGUGUUAUGUGGUGAUUUACAUGUUAUAAGAUGUGAAUUUUGCUCUCAAUACAAAUUCGCUGCAUGUUUUAUGCUUCCUUCA